AUCACAUCAGGACUCCACAAAUAUGCCUGUGAUCUCACACUGGAUCCAAACACAGCAAAUAUUUUCCUCAUUCUGUCUGAGGAGAACAGAAAGGUGACAUAUGCGAAAGAGGAGCAGUCAUAUCCUGAUCAUCCGGACAGAUUUGAUGGGAAUAAUCCUCAGGUUCUGUGUUCAGAGAGUCUGACUGGAUGCUGUUACUGGGAGACUGAAUGGAGUGGAAAUGAUCCUGAAAUAGCAGUGGCUUAUAAAGAAAUCCAGAGGAAAGGAGUGAGCUGGAGUUAUGACUGUGUGUUUGGAUAUAAUGUGAACUCCUGGAGUCUGAUCUGCUCUGAUCACAGAUUCACUGUCCAUCACAAUGAUAAGGAAACUGUCAUCUCUGCUGCUUCAGACUCCUGUAAGAGAGUAGGAGUGUCUCUGGACGAGUCGGCCGGCUCUCUGUCCUUCUACAGCGUCUCUGACACACACACACACUCACACACAUUCACACAAACAUUCACUCAACCUCUACACGUUGGAUUUAGAGUUUAUUAUAACAACUCUUCAGUGUCUCUGUGUCACAUUAAGCACACACACAACUGACUGACACACACAC